CCCUGCGGCGCUGCGUUUUCAUGAAUAAUGCGGGCUGGAGUCGCCUGGCAGAACGCAGAGAAAUAGUGAGAGGGGGCUGAUUUCACGUGUUGGCGGUCUGGCAGGGAUUUGCAGCAAACUCAUCCCAAGGAAUCAUCGGCACUGGACGCGAGCAUGGCCCGAAACGGGCGGAGGCGGCUCUCGCGGCUAUUCAUGGAGUUGCUGAUUCUGGCCGUCCUCUUUCCAGGCAGAAGUUUCGCCAACUUAAUGUUGCUCAGUUUAUCGUCCGUGGGGUCGAGCCGGUCCGGGCGGAGCGUCUCAUGCGGAACCGCACCCGGACUCAUCGGGAGACAGAAGCGCUUGUGCCGAAAAUAUUCCCAUGCGGUGCCCUCGAUUAUGGACGGGGCUAAUAAAGCCCUGGGAGAGUGUCGAGCACAGUUUAGCCAGGAGAGAUGGAACUGUUCCACUCGCGGAGGCACGCAGACCUUUGAAUCCUUCCUCGGCAAGGGGACGAGAGAGACGGCCUUCAUCUACGCCAUCACCAGCGCUGCGGUCGUACAUGCCAUAACUCAGUCCUGCUCGGCCGGGAACCUUACGGAUUGCUCCUGUGGACGUGUUACGGGCGAUUCCGACACCCUUCCCGCCAGGGGGAGCGACUUGGAGGGGUGGAAGUGGGGAGGGUGCUCCGACGACAUCGUCUUCGGGAUGGAGUUUAGCAAACGGUUUGUGGACGCGGCAGAUUCCCGGGGGAGGAAAAAGAGAAGUCGGAACAUUCGGAGCAUGAUGAACCUCCACAACAACGAAGUCGGAAGAAAGGCCAUACAGGAGCAGAUGUCGGUCAAGUGCAGGUGUCAUGGCGUGUCCGGAUCAUGCGCAGUAAAGACCUGCUGGAAAACGUUACCCAGCUUCAAACGGGUUGGAGAUUUCUUGAAAAAGAAGUACAUGACGUCAGUCCCCAUCCUCCGGAAGACGAGACGGAGGUUACGGCGGAAGCAGAAGAUGCAGCGGAAGGUGCCCAUCGGAGACGAUGAACUGGUGUUUCUUGAGAAGUCUCCAAACUUCUGCAAGUCCGACAAGAAACGCGGGAUCUUCGGCACCCGGGGCAGAGAGUGCAACAGAACGUCCACGGGCCCUGACAGCUGUAACCUGCUGUGCUGCGGGCGGGGGUACAACACGCAGGUGGUCCGGUUCGUGGAGCGGUGCGGCUGCAAGUUCGUCUGGUGCUGUUACGUCAAGUGCAACACCUGCGAGACCAUCAUAGACAAGCACACCUGUAAAUAACCACCUGCAAGAACACUCCUGUACAUUCUACCGUGCCUUGCCGUGGCGUGAAGUAAAAUCUGACUGUAUUCAACCCUUCCAGAAAUAGCAUAAGACUUCGAAAGUCAGGAUUGUAUUGCAAUUUAUUGUCUUAAAGAAAUAUGUCUGUUGAAUAACGUUCCAGUGUUCCACACGUAGUUGACUUUUAGUCCGCCAGUUUCCUUGUGCAAAAAGAAAUGUCACUGCAGCCCCAGCAUGUUUCCAGCGACCCCUAGCGAAAAAUAAUAUUAUUGCAGAACAUGAGAUUUCAACCCCUCCACACGAGGGACCCAUGUGUGAAGCCUGUCAUGUACAGAAGAAGGAUCACAGAAAAACACAACGUUUGCAGACAACUAUCAACCAAACGCCAUUUCCUUUGAUAACUCUUGACCGAGCGAGACCAAGUGACGGGUCCACAAGACAUCGUGAGAUCGUCCUUACAUUGUAUCAGCUGAUGACGUCACCACCCAAUACUUCACAUUCGCAACUUCCCAUAACUAUGAAUCUCAGGAUGUAGAAUGUACCAUCUGUAAAUAGAGUCAGGUAUAACCACCAACAGUUCCUGCAGCGACCGUUCAUUCCACGCCGAGGCACGCCGACCGUAUAACGUAAGAAGUUCUGCUAUUACUUCUGGUUCGUGUAUGUAGAGAUCCUUGCGACCAUAAAAACAGAUGUAUUACCGUACUAUAUAUAAUUUAUCAUUGUAUAGGAACUUCUUUCUUUCCAUGUGUCAUCGUCAAAUGGCAGGUUAAAUAGAUAUAUGUAUAAAAUAAAGAUUUCCUUAGAAAACUAGGUCUGUAGUUUAGCAUGCCAUCCAGAGACUCCAACAACACAAGGCUUGGCCGUCUCUGUGUUUCUGAAUCGGGAACUUGUCAUGAAAUUAUGUAUGACAUCUAUUUGUGUUGAAAACGAUGUAUAUAUUGAAGAGAGAUAAUGUAUUUUGAUGGCCGUCGGCCGAUUAUUAAACGCAAAGAUACAACGAAAAAUUA